AUGUCAACCGUUGUUGCUCAGCCUAGCGACAAGGACAGCGCCCCAGCCAAAGACCGAGCCGCUGAGGGGGCUGAACCACACGCUAAAGCUGGCUCUACCUCUGCUCCAGCAGCAAGAGCCACUCCCCGCUAUGCCAGUGCAACCGCUACUUCGACUGUGGCUCGUACUACUGUCUCGGCUCGAUCUUCGGCUACUCUGAACAAACAGCCGACUCGCUCGUCCACUUCAGCACACCGAUCUACUGCCUCCACGUCGACGAUAGGUCAUCGAAGUGCCCCCAGUGUCGGUGCAAGUGAAGAUGACCAGAAAUCCAAGCCUGCAUCGCGACGAGAGAGCACAAUAAUCUCAAACUCAGCGGGAGCUGCAGGAGAGAAAAAAACCGGGGCCACAGGCAGUACUGUAGCGAGCCGUCGAUCUACUGUGGGUGUUGGUGCUGCAAGCCCCAAACCAGCUGCUCCGCGUACUAGAACGGGAGCAUCCGAAUCAGUAGCAGCGAUUCGAGCAGGAUUGACCCGGGGUACUGUUUCGUCGAAUGCCGCCGCGGACGCGAGAAAAAGAACAUCCGCACCCGGGUUAGUGACCGGAGCUCCACGCCCAUCAACAAGAACCUCCGUUCGAUCUGAGGCACAUCCGGACAGUCCUAAAAUCCUCGACGAACUCACGUUCAAGCUAGCUGAGAGAGACAAAGAAAUCGAAUCUCUCAAGGUAGAAUUGGGUACCUUCGAAAGCACUGUAGCUGAACUUCGCCAGCAGCUAGAAGGUAGCAGCCAGCAGCUAGACGAGGGCGAGUCUCAAACUGAGCCGAAAGACACGCCUGAUGGCCCGAAAACUGAUUACGAUGCCGUCAUACGUGACCUGGAAGCCCAGCUACAAGAGAAAGCCGAAAAGCUUCGUACUGUGGAUGAUGAGCUUAUCGAGGCUGUUCGCAUCAAAGACGAGGGAGGAGAAGCCCUAGACGCACUGAAAAAAGAGCUGGAAAAUUUAAAGGUUGAGAACGAGGAGAAACUCAAAGCAACCGAGACCCAACUUGAGCAGACUAGACAAGACUAUGCUGCGCAACUUGAGAAGCUCCAAGCCACCAUCUCUGAUAAAGCAGAUUCGGACAAAUCAGACGCUGAUUUAAGAUUGGCAUUUGAAGCAGACAUUCAAAAACUCCAGAACCAGGUGGAUGAACUGACUGCUUCAAAAGCCGAAUUGGAAUCGACUAUUAACGCUAUCACAUCCGAGCGCGAUGCGUUGACUAGCAAAAUAUCAGAUCUCGAAAAUGAGAUCUCAGAUGUCAAAUCUAGGCUCGCCAUAUCUGAGUCGGCCGCGAAGAGUGCUGAAGCCAGUAAAGACGAUGAAAAAUCCCUAGUAGCGAAGAUUGAGAGCGAAUUAACCAACCGAGAGGCGGAGCUAGAAUCUGCCCGCAAAGUUGAAACUGAGCUACAAAACACAAUUAGCGACAUGAAAGUCACGCUAACUGGCAGGGAUGAGGAGAUUUCUAACUUGAAAACAAUGCACGAUGAGCGUUUAAAGCAAAUUUCUCAAGAUUAUGAGAACGAAAUUGAAAGCCUCCGCGGCGAUGCUUUCUUUAAACGCAAGUUUGAAGAGCUAGAAAAGCUACAUAACGACUUGCAGGCUUCUUUGACUGAAGAAUCAGAGAAACACACAACUGCUCUGGCAGAGUCUGAAGAGCGCCGGUUAUCAGCUCUUAAUUCACUCGAGUCCAAAGAACUGGAACAUGAAGAGCAGCUGGCCAGUUUGAGACGUCGCCACGACGAAGAGUUGGCAGCUGCCAAAAACCAAGCUUUGGAAACAUUGGAUGUUCACGCCAAAGAAUUAGAGUCUAUUAAAGCUCGAUACGAUGAACAACUGCGGCUCGCACUGGCAGAUGGAGAAGCUACAUCGGUAGAACAAAAUGGACUCCAUGAGAAGGUGUUGGAUGACCUUAAGAGACUUCACGAAGAAGAAACGCAGGGGCUGCUUGCUGCACAUCAAUCUACUCUAACAACAAUGUCUAGUCAACAUGCAGAAGAAUUGGCUGCGCUGCAUACGAAGCUCGAAGAGGUGGCAGCACAGCUUGAAAAUGCGAAGUCUAGCAGCGUGGAGGAGUAUGAAGCUUCAAAGCGGGAAUUGCUUAGUUUACACGCUGCUGAAAUCGAGAAACUCACCACUGCUCAUACAGAUACUGUGGCUUCAUUGAAAGAAGAGGGACUCCAAGUAACGCAAAAACUAGAAGAACUAACAGUGGCGUAUACACAAAUGGAGACCAGCUUAAGGGAAGCCAAGGCUCAGAACGCGAGCUUCGAAGCUACUCUAAACGAAACCAAGGCUCAAAACGCAAGCUUCAAGGCUACUCUAGACGAAGCCAAAACUCAGACACAGGAGCAGCUAGUUGUUGUUCAAGCAGAAGCAGAUGACGUCGGCCAGCAGCUUGCUCUAGAAAAAGUAGAGCGAAUGACCGCACUUGCCGAGCUAGACGCGGUUCAAACCGCCAAACCCGAUACAACAGCUAUCAACACCUUGAAGGCUGAACUUGUCGCAACUACCAAGACAUUCCAGGAUGCCUUGACCGUUGUUAAAGCUGAGUUGAAGUCCACCAAAGAUAACCUGCUACGGAUAAUGUCAGAGAUGAAAGAAAAGACGGCUCACGCAGAUUAUAGCGACUUGAAUGAUAGCAUGACGACGCUAGUAGAAGAAGCCAAUAAGAGGGUGAAGGAAUCGGAGAUGAAUUCUGAGCAGCUCAUGAAGAAGCUCGCUGAAGCAGAGAUCAGGAAUGAUCAACUGCAAGCUCAGUUAAAAAUCAAGGAUGCUGAGCUAGCGGAGGCAGAGGCUCAGGCCGCCCUACUCAAGUCCACCAGCGGUGGGAGUCUAGAUUCGGCAGAUAAUGCAGCCGACGGUGAAGAAAUUGAUCACUCUUCAACGGCAUUAGCUUUGCUCAGCAAAGUUAGAUUGACUGCCAAACAAGUCGACUCUCUAGACCGAGAGAUGAGGGACCGUAACUUGCAGCUCCUCAACUCAAUUACGGAUGUGAAGCUGUCAUCUUAA